AUGUCCACAGAGCUGUUCGCCAAGUACACAUGUACUAACUGCCAGGAGGAUAUUUCGGGUAUCCGUGUGCACUGCGUCGUUUGCACGGACUUUGAGCUGUGUUUAGCGUGCUUUGCUGCCGGAGCCGAAAUCGGUCCCCAUCGUAAUGAUCACUCCUAUCAGUUCAUGGACUCUGGAAUACUGUCGAUCUUUCGCGGCAAGGGCGGAUGGUCGGCCCGCGAGGAGCUGCAUUUGCUCGAUGCUAUUGAACAAUAUGGGUUCGGCAACUGGGAGGACAUCAGCAAGCACAUCGAAACUCGCACACCGGAGGAGGCUAAGGAAGAGUAUGUAUCAAAGUUUCUAAAUGGCACCAUCGGCCGCCAUACGUGGCAGUUGGCGGUCGACCAGCGUCCUUUCCUGACGGACACUACAUCGGACGAUACGGGACCGCUGAGUCAGCUCUUGAUACAGAAGCUACCGCCGAUGGACUGCACCGCAGAAGAAGCGUCCGCUCUCGGUUACAUGCCGAAUCGUGAUGAUUUCGAACCGGAGUACGACCCGACGGCGGAGCAAUUAGUUUCGACGCUUUCGCUGCAACCGGAUGACGAAGACGUCGAUAUGCUGUUGAAACUAGCGCAAGUUGAUAUCUACACGCGGCGGCUAAGAGAACGCGCCCGAAGAAAGCGUGUGGUGCGGGAUUAUCAGCUUGUGGCCAAUUUCUUCCGUGGAAACAUGAAGAGGGCAAGACAGACACGUGACCAGCGCGAGUUUCGCGAACGUUUGCGUACAUACUCGCAGUUUUACACCUCACUAGAGUUCGAAAGACUUAUAUCGUCGCUUGAACGGGAACGUGCUUUGCGCAUUCGGCUCUCCGAGCUGAACCGGUAUCGUUGGAAUGGCAUCCAGCGGGUGGACGAGUGUGUGCAUUUCGAGCAACACGUUGCUGCGGCUCAGUAUCGUAACACGGGCCCAUACGGACACGGUCGUACCGACAACCGAAACAAAGGCGCUUGUGGAGAGACCGCCAAAGAGGUGCCCUCGGUGCCGGGCAACAGCAACAACGCAAUGGGCCAAACGGGCCAGCCGGCAACUGCGUUGGUGAGCCCAACGACGGCACCGACUGUAAGAAGAAACGAAAACGACGCCCGAAGCUCAAGUUCCAUCGGCCAAAGGCCCACGCACCUCACCGACGACCGGGUCUGCUGCGACGACUCAUACAGCAACAGAAGCUGCUCGGAUAGCUUACGAGAAUCAGCGAACCCCUGCACUCCGCAUCCGAGCGGCGCGAAACACCAGCACCGUCUGCCGAACGUAAUCGGUGCCGUCGGAAGUUUAGUGGCAGAUCCAGCGCAGCAGCCAGGGGGUCAACUGCUGACGAGUAACGAAAUACAACUGUGCAGCUCUCUCAAUAUGCCAGUCACGAAAUAUCUCAGCCUCAAAACGGUUCUUCUUAGCCGAUCUGCCCUGGAGCACAGCCUGAACUCGGUGGCGGAAAGUAUCGUGAAGAAGCAUCUGGUCAACAGUGGCUGGCUACAAACAAGUCCGCAAAACUAGCCUCAGCAUUCCGACCGCUCCCCGACGGCGUGCAUGCUGCGAACACAAUUUUGGGGGGCCUUGCGGGACAUCACGGAGUGCGAGUGAAAGCAAGCGCAAAUCGUCACUGUUACCGAAGCGUUGAUCUCAUGCAGUUCACCGAGGAAAGCACAAAUUCGAAGAUGUGAUCAUAUUUUGCAUUAUGCCAGUCGGCAUGAGAUGGCGGUUGAUAGAACAAAUGAAGAGUGUUCAGUAUCGUUCAAAUCCGGCACCUAAUUCUCUAGAAGCACUCCUUUUCUUAUCAUCGUGUGACAAUGCCAUAGCGCCGCUGUUGGAGUUGUCCACAUUCCAAUGUGCGUGAUAAAAUACUAGUAGCCAAAACGGUUCAUGAAGUUACGAUAGAUUUUACUCACUCGUGGCACGUGUAACUCUAUUGAAUGCAGCACGCAUCGACAAGCGAUGGCUCAAAAUUAUCGUGGAUAAUGUUUUUAAUAAAUUUAGACUU